UUCUGAAGCGCGGCUGCUGCGGCCGCCAUGUUCCGGUCGGUUGCUGUGAUGGAGACGCGGCGCUUCCGGUUAAACUUUCCGUUUUAAAUUCAGAAAAUCCUCUGAAACUGAAAAUAAAUCCUCUGAAGUAAAGCUGUGCAAUCACACAAUGCUUUUAAGUUCACGGCAGAACUGAAGGCGCGGGAUCAGAGAGCAGGCCGUCACCAUGACGACCACGGGGCUGCGCAUCGGAGAUCAGCUGGUGCUGGAGGAAGACUAUGAUGAGGGCUACAUCCCUUCAGAGCAAGAGAUCCACGAGUACGCCAUCGAGAUCGGUAUCGACCCGGAGCGUGAGCCCGAACUGCUGUGGCUGGCCAGAGAGGGGAUGGUGGCGCCGCUUCCAGCCGAGUGGAAACCAUGUCAGGACGUCACCGGUGAGGUGUACUACUUCAACUUCUCCUCGGGUCAGUCCACCUGGGAUCAUCCGUGUGAUGAACACUACCGCCAGCUGGUGGAGCAGGAGCGCGAGCGCAACCAGCACGCUAGAGCUGCUCCGACCGCCGUGAAGAGAGACAAGGAGAAGAAGAAGAAGAAGGACAAGAAAGACAAGAAGAAAAAAACACAGGAAGUCAGAGUUCCAGGGCUGUUGGCUCCUCUCGCUCCUCUCCGCGGUCUGUCUGAGGCUCCUGUCGCUCCUCUCAGAGGAUCUCUGGGUGCCUCGUCUGGACUCCAGCCGCUCAAAACGUCUCUCGGGGCUGGCGUGUCGAGCUCUGCUGCUUCCAGGAGCGUUCAAGAGGAGAGGAGCGCUGAUGAAGACGAGGAGGUCUCUGAGGAAGAGAGGCCGCGGGAUUCAGCCGGACUCCUGCAGAACCUCCAUCUGGAUCUGGAUGCUCUGGGAUCAGGGCUGCAGUACGAGGACAGUGAGGUCAGUGUGACGGUUCCUCCUGAAGAAAGAACAGAACCUGAACUACAGGAUUUGGCCCUGUCGAGGGAUCACAGUCCAGAGGCGCCUUCAGAGGACUCGCUGUGUGGACGUCACCUCCGUUCCACAGCAGCUUCACGACCUCUGACCCCGGAUGCUGCGGCGUCCAGCGGCCGAGAGGAAGACGAACAGAUGAGCGAAGAGGAGAACGCACCGAUCAGAGAUGAAGAGACCGAGAACGAUGAGGAGAUCGAAGAGCAGAUUGAGAGAUCCAGCAGUCCUGAGGAGAAACAGAAGGACCGGACGGAGGCGAGAACUGAAGAAGAGAGAAAAGAUGAAGAAAACCGAGAAGAUGAGAAUGGACAGAUCAGAGACGAAGAGACCGAGAACAGAGAGAGCGAGGAGGUCGAUGAACAGAUCGAGAGAUUCAACAGUCCUGAGGAGGAGGAGAGGAACGUGAUAGAGGAGAAAAAAGAAGACGAGAGAGAUCAGACUGAGGGUAAAGAUGAUGGAAACAUGGAAGAAGAGAACAGAGACGAAGAGACGGAGAACCAAAAACACAGACAAGAAGAGAUUGAUGAAGUUGAUGAACCGAUUGAGAGAUUUAAGAGUCCUGAAGAGAAGGAGACAACAGAAGAAGAAGAAAGGAAAGGAAGCGUAGAAGAGAACGGACGGAUCAGAGAUGAAGAGAUGCACAACACAGAGAGUGAGGAGUGUGAUGAACAGAUCGAGAGAUUCAAGAGUCCUGAGGAGGAGGAGAAGAACGCGAUGGAGGAGAGAACAGGAGGAGGAGAUCCGACAGAAAGCAAAGAUGAUGGAAACAUGGAAGAAGAGAUGAUUGAAAGAGAAGAACAGGCUGACACACACAACGGAGAAGCAGAGGCCGUCAGAAGUGUUUCCUCUGAGGAGGAGGAGAAAGAGAGUGAGGCAGAGGAGGAUAAACGUGAGGAAGAGCAGAGAGAGACUGAAGGACUCGUCUCGGAGGCUCAGAGCGACGGCUUUCAGAGUAACAGCUCUCGCCUUCAAGUAACUCGCGUUAAAGCAGGGAAGUUUGUGCCUCAGUGGAAUCCAGUGUCCAGUGAGGAGUCUGAGGACGGUGAAGCAGCAGCGUCGCACUCAUCCGCUGAUAAUGUGCAGGCUGGUUUCCGCUCCAAACUCUCAGAGAAUGUGUUUGAUCUGCUGGAUCUGUCACCUGCAGUGGACAGGAAGGAAGCCGAGGGCGAGGCAGAUGUGGACAGCUGUGUGGAUGUCUCUGACUCUGCAGACAGGCAUGUGUUGCGUGAUGAAGAAGAGAAGAAGAGACAAGAAGAGAGGGAGGAAGAGGAGAAGAGAAAGCGUGAGGAAGAGGAGAAGAGACGAAGACGAGUGGAGGGGGAGGAAGAGGAGAAGAAGAGACGAGUAGAGAGGGAGGAAGAGGCGAAGAAGAGACGAGUAGAGAGGGAGGAAGAGAAGAGAAAGCGUGAUGAAGAGGAGAAGAGACGAGUAGAGGGGGAGGAAGAGGAGAAGAAGGGACGAGUAGAGAGGGAGGAAGAGGAGAAGAGAAAGCGUGAGGAAGAGGAGAGGAAGAGACUGGAGGACUCAGAGAGACAGAUGGAGGAGGAGAGGAGCAGACUGAGGGAGGAGACACAGGGGAGACUGCAGCUGCUCAGAGAGGCUCUGAUGGAGGACGAGGAGCGCCGAAUGAAGGAGGAGAGUGCUGAGUUGCUCCGGGUCCUGAAGGAGCAGAUGCUCAAACAGAGACGAGACGAGGAGGAGCGACUGAACAACGACAUGCACACACAACUACAACAGCUCAGGCUUGAGAAUGAGGUGAAGCUGCAGGAGCUGUGCUCAGAACUGGAGGCGGAGCGAGAGAGGGUGGAGACUCUGAGGAGGCGGGACCUUGAGCACCUGAGGGAGGAGUCAGAGGAGGAGCUCCGGGCUGAGAGGAGGUGGCUACAAGAGAAGAAGGAGGAGCAGCUGACCUCCAUCAGACUACAGGCUAAACUGAGUGACACACAGAAGGAUUUGAGGAGGACACGACCAGAACAGCCUUUAGCAGAGUACCAGAGAGAGCUCACAGAUGUGCUGCAGGAAGUCCGGGAGGAGGUUGAGAGAGAUCACAGGAGGAAACUAGAACAACUGAAGGAGGAACAUCAACAGGAGCUACAGAACCUGAGAGAGACACACCUGGACCAGGAGAGCAGGGAGCGGGAGCGUCUGCUGGAUUCUCUUCAGAAAGAGAGAGACACUGUGAUCUCUAAACACACAACACAACUACACAAACUACAGCACACACUGGACACACAGCUGCAGGAGAUGCGCAGGACACACUCUCAGAAGGAGUCAACUCUACAGGAGUGGAUGGAGAAGCUGGAGAUACAAACCAAAGAACUUCAAACUCAGGAGGCUGAACUUCAGUCAAAGGCAUCAGAUCUGAGGAAGAGGAGACAGCAGCUGUGUGAGGAAGAGGAGGACGCUCAGAGAGGAUUACAGUCUCUCUCGCAGCUGCUGAAGGAGCGGGAUGAGCUGCGUGAGGAGCUGCAGAGGAUGAGAGCAGAUCUGCAGAGAGAGAGACAGGAGCGAGAGCGACAGAGAGAGGAGAACAGCAGGAUGAUGGAGGAGCGACGGGAGCUGGAGGCCAGAGUCACGCUUCUGCAGGAGCGAUGUGAGCAGCUGACCUCCAGAGUCAGUGAACUGGAGCAGAGGAGCAGAGCGGAGCGAGAACAGCAGCAGGACGGAGCAGAGGACGAGCAGAAGAAGAGCAAGAGAAAGACAGAGAACGGUCUGCGUUUGGAGGAUCUGGAGGCUCCGCUGCUGCGGUCAGACGCCAGCGACACCAGCGUAGACGAAGUGAGGCAGUACAUGUGGAAUGAGAGCGUGUCUCUCUUCAGGGCUCGUCAGUUUCUGGAGCGGCAGAGCACUCACAUGUUUGACAGACAGGCAGCGCUGCGGGCAGCUCACAGCAGUCUGAAGGACCCCACGCCUGGGAGCUCAACACAGCAGCAGCUCUACCACAACCUGCAGCAGGAGGUGAGGGAUCUGGCUGAGCUGAGGGAGACUCUUCAGAAGGGUCAAACGCUCCUGAAAGAAAAAGAGGAGAAACUCAACCAGCUCGAAACAUCACUGACUGAAGAGGUGUCAUGUGAUGAUGCUGAGAGGUCAGCUGAUCGGAAAGUGACAUUUGAUGUGACCGAGUCAGAGAUGAGCAGUGUGUACAGCCCAGAGGGAACAGUUCCAGUGAAGGUGCAGCAGCUGGCCGACUCUCUGCAGCUGAUCUCAGGACAGCUCAACUCUGUGUUAGGAGCUUUGGGUUCACUAACACACAAACAGACUCCGCCCCCUCUGACAACACCCCUGCUGCCCCGCCCCUCAUGGGCGUGGCCUACAACCCCCUCCCCCUCACUGGCCAACGGACUCUCACACAGAGCCACAGACUCACUGCAGACGCGCUGGAGCCAACAGGUGUCAGAAACCAGCAGAGCGCACAUGACCUACUCAGGAUACACACCACCAAGUCUGUCGAGUCUGCGUCCGUCAGAGGUCGAGGGUCAGCGUCUGCAGGGUCUUAUUGAAGGAAACAAACGCUGGCUAGAGGCUCAACGGAAGAACCGCAACAUUCCUCUGUUCCCGAGCCUCAGAAGCGCGUCCAGCAGCGGUGGGUUAGUUCAGCUCAGCCUCGACGACAACAACCAGAUUAAAGUUCAUCAUUACUGAAGCAGUUUCUCAGGACGGCUGAAGAUCGGCCGUGUCUCGUGUGUAAGAGCUGGAAGAACGGCAGGAUUAUACGCUUACAGGCGCUUUCACAAACCAGUCUAGUUUACAUUCUCAUCUGUAUAGCUGUGUGCAAUGUGCAGAUCUCAUCUGUACCAUAUUUUUGUAAACAAUAAAUGAAU